AUGUAUAUUAAACUAUUUUUGGUUGUGAUAUUAUUUGAAUAUUCUUCCUGUUGGAAUUAUAAUCCUUAUUGUUUAAUUAAUGAAUGCAAAGAGGAAAGUUCUAAAACCGAUACACCAAAGAGCAAGCCGACUAUCCUUUCUAGGCUUAAUCCUUACUGUUUAAUUUACGAAUGUAGUGAUAGUGACAAUACACUCAGUACAGAAGAAAAUAAAGAGUCAGAUUCUUGGGAUCCUUCUUGUUGGUAUAAAGAUUGCCCAAAAAAUCCGGGGGUAUAUGAGCUACCGAAAUUUUGGACCCGCAAUUAUUGGAAUAAUGAAGAAGAUACCAGAACGUGGGAUGAAAAAGUUGCAUGCAUAUUUAAAAAAUGUCCAGGUGUUGUUAAAGAGCCAGAGGUUGAAACAGAGAAAAAAUCAUAUAUCCGUGGAAUGUUUAAUUCGGUAAAAAGUUAUCUAAAUGCAGCGAAACCUCAGGAGAUAAUUAUCAAUGACAUAUUUACUUCCGAGUUAAAUCCCUAUUGUUGGGUUACUGAAUGUUGUAAUGAAGAUACCCUCCCAGGGAACAUAGAAAAAUUAUCAGAUUUGAUACAUAAACGUCUUUAUGGUCAACAUUUAGUCAGCACUUUGGUGGAUGCCAUAGGCUCCCAUUGGAAUAGUAAACACCCUCCCAGAAAGGCAUUGGUAUUGAGCUUUCAUGGACCUGUUGGGACAGGCAAGAAUUACGUUAGUGGAAUGAUUGCUGAUAGUCUCUUCAAACUUGGUGUCAAAAGUAAAUAUGUUCAUCAUUUUUCAGGAAGGCUUCAUUUCACAAUAGAGGGCAAUUCUGAUUCAUAUAAAGAAAACUUGUACAGUUGGUUGAAAGGCAACGUGACAUCUUGCAGUAAGCAACUAUUUAUUUUCGACGAAGCCGAUCACAUGCCUGAUAAAGUUUUGAACUCCAUCUUGCCCAUGCUCGACUACAGGGAGAAAGUGGACGGGGCCGAUUAUCGAAACGCAAUUUUCAUUUUCCUUUCAAACGCUGGAAGCGAACUAAUUUUGGAAAAAUUGGAUCAUCUGUAUCAGAAUAACAAGACGAGGGAAGAAGUGGAAGUAGCUGAUUUCGAACGGGAAAUUGUUAUGGGAAUUUUUAAUCAAAAAGGUGGUUUUUAUCACUCUGAUACCAUAAGUCAUAACUUAAUAGAUCAUUAUAUCCCAUUCCUACCCAUGGAACACCAACAUAUCCUAGAAUGUGUUAUGGAUCAGUUCAAGGAAAGACAUGUCGAUGAGCCUUCCGAAGAACACAUUCUUGAAGUAUUAAAUACGAUCUCUUGGGGAGAGGCCACUAAAUUGAAAUAUGCGAAAAGUGGAUGCAAAACUGUUGGAUCGAGAGUGUCAUUCAUAUGUGAAAAAUAUUAUAAAACUGUCUCUGAAACGAAGGAAAAGAGCGACCUAUGA